CCUGGUUCCCGGGAGUGGCGGCGGCUGGGUUUGAGGUGCUGCUACCUCCUCCGCGUCCGCCUUCCCAGCCUGGGCUCUGAGCCGCCGUCUCCCGCAGCCUCCGGGCUCCGCCUCACGCCCGCCGCCCAGGUCCGCGGCCGCCGAUCCCUCCUUCACUGUGAGGAUGUAAGAUGGACCCGGAGGAGCAGGAGCUGCUGACUGACUACAGAUACAGGAGUUACUCCUCAGUUAUCGAAAAGGCUUUAAGAAACUUCGAGUCCUCCAGUGAAUGGGCGGAUCUCAUCUCUUCGCUUGGCAAGCUCAACAAGGCGCUGCAGAGCAACCUGAAGUACUCCCUGCUGCCACGGAGGCUCAUCAUCAGCAAGAGGCUAGCUCAGUGCCUGCAUCCCGCCCUGCCCAGUGGUGUGCACCUGAAGGCCCUGGAAACCUACGAGAUCAUCUUUAAGAUCGUGGGGACCAAAUGGCUGGCCAAGGACUUGUUCUUGUACAGCUGCGGCUUGUUUCCCCUGCUGGCCUACGCCGCUGUGUCCGUUCGGCCUGUGCUGCUCAGCCUGUAUGAGAAGUACCUCCUCCCGCUGCAGAAGCUGCUCCUGCCCAGCCUACAGGCCUUCCUGGUGGGCCUGCUGCCCGGCCUGGAAGAGGGCUCCGAGAUCUACGACAGGACCGAUGCCCUGCUCCUGAGACUGUCUCUGGUCGUGGGCCGGGAGGUGUUCUAUGGUGCCCUGUGGGGGAGCGUUCUGACAAGCCCCUCCAUCCGCCUCCCCGCCUCCUUGUUUGUGGUGACCCACAUGAGCAGGGAGACACCGGUCAAGGAGCAGAAGUACAUGCUGGGUACAGAUUACCAGCUCACGGUGAAAUCCCUGUGUGCAGCACUAGUGGACGCCAACGUUCUGGUGCAAAGGAACAAUCUGGAAAUCAUUCUGUUUUUUUUCCCAUUUUAUACCUGUCUGGAUCCUGAGGAGAGCGCCAUCUCCCUGCCCAGGCGUGACAUCAUACACCUUCUUUCAGCUGCCACCCAGACCCUACUGAGAAGGGACAUGUCCCUCAAUAGAAGACUGUAUGCCUGGUUACUAGGGUCAGACAUUAAAGGGCAUACCAUUGUGCCAGAAUCUGACAUCUCACGUUCUUAUGAAGACCAGUCCUCAUACUUUUUUGAUAAAUACUCCAAGGAUCUUUUGGUUGAGGCUCUGGCUGAGAUACUGCACCAGAAGUUCUCAGACGCUGACAUAGAGGAGUGCCAUCAUGCAUAUCUGAAGCCUUUCCGCAUCCUCGUCAGUCUCCUGGACAAACCGGAGAUAGGACCUCAAGUGGUUGAGAAUUUGUUUCUGGAAGUCAUCAGGGCCUUUUAUUCUUACUGCCACAAUGUCCUUGGCCCUGACCUUAAGCUCAGCUACACUCAGAGUGGGAAUCUGCUAACAAGCACAAUCAAAGAAAACAGACACGCCUCCGAGAUUGUGAAGACGGUCAACUUGCUGUUCUCAUCGCUCAGCACAGACUUCCUGUGGGAUUACAUGGCGCGGUGUUUUGAGGAAUGUUUCAGACCAUUGAAACAGACCACUGCGACCAGGGACAGUGUCAGCCCUCCCCCCACCAUCUCAGAGCUCUGCACCCUCCUCGUGUUCCUCCUGGAUGUUAUCCCAUUGGAACUCUACUCCGAGGUGCAGACACAGUACCUCCCACAGCUGCUUGGCUGCCUGCUGGAGCCUCUUGCUGAGGAGGUGGAGACCCUGAGCUUACCUGAGCUCACACAUGCCUUGAAGACGUGCUUCAAGGUGCUCAGCAAGGUCCAGAUGCCGCCCUCCUACCUAGAUAUGGCGCCCGCCAGUGGGAACUCGAGUCCAGUGAAAGGAGAAAGCAGCAACAUCGUUCUGGAAACGAAGGCCAUAGUUGCAGGUGAGGAGGAGCCUUCUUUCCCCCCGCUGAAGUCUGAGGACAGUGGCAUUGGGCUCAGCGCCUCGUCGCCAGAGCUCUCUGAGCACCUCAGGGUGCCUCGGGUGUCUGCGGAAAGAGACGACAUUUGGAAGAAGGACGGGAGCAUGCAGAGGACGUCCCUCUGCACCCAGGAGCUCAUCGCCAGCUUGGCCAGCAAGAGCAUUUUCGCAGCGUCGCUGACAGUGUCUGGGGAGGAGAGCAAGCCUGGAGAGCCCGCAGAGAAGAGCAGCAAAGGCCAGACACAGAGCAUCGACCUCUCCGGCAGGAAGAGCCCGUGGAGUCCCACACCUGUCACUGUGCCCCAGUUUAAACAGAUGCUUUCAGACUUGUUUACAGCACGCGGGUCUCCCUUUAAGACAAAAAGCUCAGAGUCGCUGUCAUCUGUGCCCACCAGCCCACGGAGGAAUGCAGAGACAGAGUGGGACAUUGACGAGGUGGCCAUAGAGCUGCUGGGCCCCAAGGAGAACUGUAGGGAGGCCUUCGCCGCCGCCUGCCAUCUGCUGCUGGACUGCGCCACCUUCCCUGUGUAUCUGUCUGAGGAGGAGACCGAGCAGCUGUGUGAGGUGCUCUUCCAGACCCCAGGAGCCAGCGAUUGCAGUUUCCCGUCCUGGCUGAAAUCCCUCAUGACGAUUUGCUGCUGCGUGAAGGACAGCUCCCUCCAGAACAUCGCCAUUGCCACACUGCUGGAAGUCAUAAACCACUCCCAGUCCCUCGCUCUCGUCAUUGAAGACAAGAUGAAGCGCUACAAAACCUCUGGGAACAACCCGUUUUUUGGCAAGUUACAGAUGGUGACGGUUCCUCCCAUCGCCCCGGCGGUACUGAAAGUCAUUGCAGAAAAGACAGACUUCUAUCAGAGGGUGGCCCGUGUGCUCUGGGACCAGCUGAACAAGGAGACGCGUGAACACCACAUCACCUGCGUAGAGCUGUUCUACCGCCUGCACUGCCUGGCCCCGACGGCCAACAUCUGUGAGGACAUCAUCUGCCAUGCCCUGCUGGACCCUGACAAGGGGACGAGGUUGGAAGCUCUGUUUAGAUUUUCUGUGAUCUGGCACCUGACACGAGAGAUCCAGGGUAGUCGUGUGACGUCCCACAACCGCUCCUUUGACAGGUCCCUGUUUGUCGUACUGGAUAGCUUGGCCUGCACAGAUGGUGCCAUCAGCGCCGCAGCCCAGGGCUGGCUGGUACGCGCACUCUCCCUCGGGGACGUGGCACGCAUCCUGGAACCCAUGCUCCUGCUGUUGCUCCAGCCCAAAACCCAGAGGACGUCCAUCCACUGCCUCAAGCAGGAGAACUCAGCUGAGGACUUGCACCGUUGGUUUAACAGGAAGAAGCCUGCAUUCAAAGAGGCGUGUGGGGCAUCUGAGCUGCAAGAAGGCGCCUCCGAGGAGCACCCGCCUCUCGGCCAGUUCACCACAGUGGACCGAGAAGCCAUCUGGGCGGAGGUAGAGAAGGAACCGGAGAGAUGCCUUGCAAGAAGUGACCUGAGCGAGGAAGACCUGCCCUACUAUGUGGACCUUCCAGACAGGGUGGCCUCCAGGGGCCCAGACAGCAGCGAGCACACAGAGUCUGCGGACACGAGCUCCGGCCACACUGACAGCGAAAACACAUCCACUUUCUCAUCCCCCUCCCACGAGCCACAGGACCUGAGCCACGGGGAGAACUGCUGCGCACCCAUUCCCAUCGGGGCCAGGGCGUACUCCAAGCGAGCAGCCUUGCUGGCGGCUUUCCAGCCAGAGAGCCUCAAGUCCAGCGCCAAGCUGAGCCUGGUGCGAGCCGACUCAGACAAGACACAGGCCUCCGAGUCGCUCUCCAGUGACGAGGAGGCCGACGUGGAGCUCCAGGACAUCACCACGUCGAGGCUGCUGAGGCAGCAGAGGGAGAGGCAGGAGACACUCGAGGCCUUGUUCAAGCACAUCCUGCUGUACUUGCAGCCCUACGACUCCCAGCGGGUCCUCUAUGCCUUCUCCGUGCUGGAGGCCGUGCUCAAGACCAACCCCAAGGAGUUCAUCGAGGCUGUGUCCAAGACCGGCAUCGACACCAGCUCCACCGCGCACCUCAACCUCAUCUCCAACCUCCUUGCACGCCACCAGGAGGCACUCAUCGGCCAGAGCUUUUACGGCAAGCUGCAGACCCAGGCCCCCAACGUGUGCCCCCACUCCCUGCUGAUUGAGCUUGUUACCUACCUGUGCCUGAGCUUCCUGCGCUCUUACUAUCCCUGCUACCUGAAGGUCUGCCACAGGGACAUCCUAGGCAACCGAGACGUGCAGGUCAAGAGUGUGCAGGUUCUGAUCAGAAUCACCACACAGCUCGUCUUGACGGCCAAGUCCUCGGAAGGGAAGAACGUGGAGUUUAUCCACAGCCUGCUGCAGAGAUGCAAGGUGCAGGAGUUCGUCCUGCUCUCGCUGUCGGCGUCCAUGUACACCAGCCAGAAGCGCUAUGGCCUGGCCACCGCUGACAGGGGCAGGGCGCCGAUGGAGGACAGCCUCUUUGAGGAGAGCCUUAUCAACCUGGGGCAGGACCAGAUCUGGAGCGAGCACCCGCUGCAGAUCGAGCUGCUGAAGCUCCUGCAGGCACUCAUCACCCUGGAGCACCACCUGGGCCAGGGGCAGGAGGAGGGCGAGAGUCAGGCGGCCCUGGCCCGGGAGUGGCAGAAGGCCCUGGACUUCCAGCAGGCCAUCGGGGCCAUGCAGUACGUGCAGCCCCACCCCCUCACCUCCCAGGGCCUCCUGGUCUCAGCUGUGGUGAGAGGUCUGCAGCCCGCCUAUGGCUACGGCAUGCACCCUGCCUGGGUGAGCCUGGUCACGCACUCCUUGCCCUACUUUGGAAGGUCUCUGGGCUGGACGGUGACGCCCUUCGUUAUCCAGAUUUGCAAAAAUUUGGAUGAUCUGGCCAAGCAGUAUGAAAGCGAAUCUGUCAAGUUGGCGCUCAGCACAAAAAAGGAAAACAUUUCUCCAGAUUACCCGCUUACUCUUCUGGAAGGUCUGACAACCAUUAGCCAUUUUUGUCUUUUGGAACAGCCCAUCCAACACAAAAAGACUGCUGCCAUAAGUGACCCGGUCAACCUGAGAAAUGCCAAGAAUGCCAUUUUGGAAGAGCUGCCUCGGAUUGUGAACACCAUGGCCCUCAUCUGGAAUGUUCUCAAGAAGGAGGAAACCCAGAAGAGACCCGUGGACCUCCUGGGAGCCACGAAAGGAUCCUCCUCCGUCUACUUUAAAACCACCAAGACCAUAAGACAAAAAAUCUUAGACUUGCUGAACCCCUUGACAGGCCAUCUAGGGGUUCAGCUGAUAGCUGCGGUUGCUACGGUGUGGAGCAGAAAGCAGGCACGGCGACACAGCAAGACGAAGAUUGUCCCCACGGCAAGCGCAUCCCAGCACACCCUUGUCGAUCUGGUCUGUGCUCUCAGCACCCUGCAGACAGAUUCGGUGCUGCAGCUGGUGAAGGAGGUGGUGAAGAGGCCACUGCAGAUCAAAGGGGAUGAGAAGUCUCCCCUGGUGGACAUCCCUGUGCUGCAGUUCUGCUACGCCUUCAUCCAGAGGCUCCCCACACCAGACCUGCAGGAGACCUUCCCAUCGCUCCUGGCCGUCUUGAAGGAGUCUGUGCAGCUGAACCUGGCUCCCCCGGGGUAUUUUCUGCUGCUCAGCAUGCUGAAUGACUUCGUGACCAGAACACCCAACCUGGAAAACCGGAAGGACCAAAGGGACCUGCAGGAAAUCACUCAAAAAAUCCUGGAAGCUGUAGGGACCAUUGCUGGCUCCUCCUUGGAGCAAACCAGCUGGCUCAGCAGAAACCUAGAGGUGAAAGCCCAGCCUCAGGUCGCUCUGGACGAAUCCGACGCCGAAGACGAUGUGCACGAUGCUGCUGUGGCCUCCUCGGCAAUGGUGUCAGCUUCUGCCCCGUCCAUCUACAGCGUGCAAGCGCUCUCUCUCUUGGCAGAGGUUCUGGCUUCUCUCCUGGACAUGGUUUAUCGAAGUGAUGAGAAGGAGAAGGCAGUGCCGUUGAUCUCCCGUUUGCUGUACUACGUCUUUCCUUACCUGCGCAAUCACAGUGCAUACAAUGCUCCGAGCUUCCGAGCCGGCGCCCAGCUGCUGAGCUCCCUGAGUGGCUAUGCCUAUACCAAGCGGGCAUGGAAGAAGGAAGUACUCGACCUGUUCUUAGACCCCGCGUUCUUUCAGAUGGAUACUUCUUGUGUUCACUGGAAGUCCAUUAUUGACCAUCUUCUGACUCAUGAGAAAACAAUGUUCAAGGAUUUAAUGAACAUGCAGAGCAGUUCCCUCAAGUUCUUCUCUGGCACGGAGCAGAAGGCCAUGCUGCUACGGCGUCAGGCCUUUGCCGUCUUCAGCGGUGAGCCCGACCAGUACCACCUCUACCUUCCCCUGAUACAAGAGCGCCUGACAGACAACCUCAGAGUUGGACAGACAUCCAUGGUUGCUGCGCAGAUGUUUCUUUUUUUCAGAGUCCUGCUGCUGAGAAUCUCUCCCCAGCACCUGACCUCAUUGUGGCCAAUCAUGGUCUCUGAACUGAUCCAGACAUUUGUACAACUUGAGGAAGAUCUGAAAGAGGAAGAUGAGUCGAGAAACAGCAACAAAAUAAACAGAGUGAAAGUCCCAGCUGCUGAUGGGAACGGGCCUUCAGGUGCAGCUAUGUCCCCGGGAGAUCUCGCCAUGUACCUCUCGGCUUGCAAAUUCCUGGACACGGCGCUUUCCUUCCCACCCGACAAGAUGCCACUGUUUCAGAUUUACAGAUGGGCCUUUGUCCCAGAAGUGGACACUGAGAACCCUGCCUUCCUGUCCGAGCUGGAGGAGAGUCAGCAAGAAUGCAGGCCCCACACUGUCAGGGUUCUAGAACUUCUGAGACUAAAGUAUGGGGAAACUGGCACUUCUGAUGAGACUGCCAGGAAGAAAGAGUUUCCUCUUUUGCGCCGACAUUCCAUUUCCUGCAUCCGGCAGCUGAUGCCAUUCUUCCAGACCUUAAACUGUGCUUUCAAAACCCAGAGCCACCUGCCUGCAGGUGUGCCGGAGUUCCCUGUCACAGACAGCCCCCGGGUCCUGCGUCACCUGGAGGAGUGCGUGGAGUGUGACUUCCUAGAGCAUCCAGAGUGUUAGUGCCCUGGGAGAGCUUCUUCACCCAGCUCC